UUUUGUUGCAGUAUAAUUUAGUCAACAAGUUAAGCCUCAACAUGUCUGAAUCUGACGAAUCGGUGAUUCCAUCCGCAAUGAAUUCAUACGAUUUGUUAGAAAUGGCACCUUCCAGCAGCCCAGACGAUGUCCCAUCUGCUACAAAAUUGAGAGUAACAGACGCAAAAGCAUCAGUGCCCAAUCCUAUAUCUGACUUGAGUUAUGAUCUCAAAAUAAAUUACAACGAAAGCCUGGUGCAGCGCAUUGGUGCUCUUGCAAACACGGAAAUGCUGAGUGAUGUGAAGUUUUUAAUCGGCGAGGAAAAAGCAGAAGUUGUUGCUCAUACGCUAAUCCUCGCACUUUCCAGUCCCGUCUUUACAUCCAUGUUUUACAGCCCCAUGCUCGAGAGAAGAAGUGUCAUUGAAAUACCCGAUUGCAGACCUGAUGCUUUCCAGGCACUUAUUCAAUUCUUGUACAAAGGGGGCUUCGACAAAUCCAGCCGACUUGUGUCAACCUGUGAUGUCGCAUUCACUCUGACCCUCUUGUAUGCGGCGAGGAAAUAUGCGGUCAAAGGGCUCGAAGAUUUGUGUGCCGUGUCGCUGAGCUCAGCGCUAAGUGCUGAAACUGUUUUUGAUAUUCUUAAUGCUUCAAACCUCCACUCGAUGCACGUAUUGGACGCAGAGUGUUGGGAAUUCAUAGAGUUGAACACGGACGCUGUUCUGGAAUUAAACCUUGAAAACAUGGACCUGGACGUACUAACCCUCAUUCUUAAAAAUGAGUCUUUAAAUACGAAGGAAGUCAAACUCUUUGAAUUUGUGAUGAGAUGGUGUGAAAAUGAAUGCCUAGAGCGUAAUUUAGUUCCCACAACAGAAAACAAGUGGGCUGUAGGAGGAAAGUUGUUGGAACUUGUUCGCUUUCCAGCCAUGACUGCCACCGAGUUUGCAGACCACGUCGUCCCCACAGGAAUUCUAGCGGUGGAACAAGUAGCAAAAAUAUUGACCUACAUAAGCACCUCUCCUGAAAACAAAGCGCUCUACACAAUGGAUUUCUGUGCAACUGAAAGAGAACCAAAAUCUGGCUUCCAAUCGUUCCAGUCGAAAGCUAGCUUGGCUGGUCCUCCAUUCGUAACCUUUGAACUUGGACGAAAUGAAAAUGACAACGUUUUGGGGGAAGAACGACCGAGGUCGAGGAGGAGUCGGAGAUCACGGAGGAGGAGUUCUCGAAAUGCAUUGUAGGAACUAAGAAAACGAACAAAUUUUCAAAUGAAAUUUCCAAAAGUUGUACAACAAAUACGUGUCUAUAAUACUGCUAUUAAUAUCUUCGUGGC